ACUGUAACUAUAGCCAUUUAUAGUCCAAGUUUUACUAGCCAAAGACCUUCCAAUCUACCUUCUGCCACAGGAAAGAGAACUCCCUUCACCAAUUGGAAUCCAUCAUCUCCAGCCACUCAAAGAGUGCCACAUACUUCACUGCGGACUGAGGAACAGAUUCAAGAUACUUCCGCUUCUGGCCUUUCUCCUCACAGACAAUCUUUCUCCCAGGCCCUUAAUGACAAUCCUUCAAACAUUCCUUUGAGUGGUGGACCUCCAUUAGAUUCGAAACCACCAUCUGACUUUAGCCCAAACUUGCGAAUGCGAUCACCCUCUCCACAUAGAAGUGCCCAGAACUCCAGACUGUCCUCAACGGCCUCAGCUCUUACAAAGUCUAUUGCUGCCUCUUGUAUUAGUCAGACAAUUUCUCAAACAAUGGCCAAGAGAGGUGCACAUCUUCAGACUGCUUCCCCACCUGUGAGCUCUUCUCCUCUGCCCACAUCUUCUUUAAGGCUAAGGUCACCAUCACCUAAACCCAUCACUUUGGACUUAAGUGCGGAGUCAGGUUUUAGGAGUACAUCCAGCACUGGGGUAGGGAGUCAACCCCUAAGGUCUUGUCCAUCCCCAUUCAGAUCAAACAGUCUUCGAUCUAGUCCAUCAACAGUUCAGUCCCCUCCUUCCUACCGUAGUCAACAGUCAAUAUCCCGUGCAUAUCCAGUUAGCCUCCGUUCAGCUCCAUCUGCUGAAAGCCCAAACUCUGCUGCUCAUGAACAGCCUCCUUACACCAGUUUAAAUGAUAAUGAUAACGAUAAUAAUAACAAUAACAACAGUUUAAGUAAUAACGGGAGGGCAACUAACCACAAAAAAGCAUCCCACUCAAAUGUGGAUGGACUCCCUCAUUUCCAUGAUCCUCAAAGAGCAACCUUGCACAAUAGGGUGGCUUGUCCCUUUCCAUUCUCUGAGCCUAGCUCUCGUGUACAGUCCCCUUCUGUUAGCCCAUAUUUUCUCACCCAAAUCUGCUCCCCUCCACCUGCUCCAAACCACUCCAGUCAUCUGGUAGCAAAGCCACCAAAUCCCAGAAUCCCCAGACAAGGUGGCUUUUUUACCCCUCUGUCUUUGGAAAUCUCAAGAUCAACAUCAGCUUGCUCCUUAUCUCCCAGUGAGAGCCCCAGAAUCACCUCUCCACCUCCUAUUGGCAUUCCUGCAAAUUUAUGGGGUGUUGCUAAUCCGCAGCCAAGGGAUCCUUCAAUACCAAAUGCAUCUUCUCCAACAAAAGUAGAAAAAACUUUACACUAAGAGGCCCCAGAAUCAUCUCUCCUACCCCAAUGGGAAUGUCUUCAUGUUCAGCAACCAGCUUGCAGAGCCAGAGGAGGCUUCGAGGAACCAGUUUGUCCUCUGUUGCUCUAGGGGAUAGAUCACCCAGUCCAACUAGACAUGAACGCAGAUCUUGGGCAGAAAGUGGACGAUGGUCAGUGGGUUCAGAAUUGGGGAUAAUAAGUCCUCGUGGAGGUUCAUACAGUGGCAGUCCAUCUUCUAUAAGCCCUGGCCCUCUUUCACCUGUCAGACUAACAACUGAAAGGACCAGUCAUAGUGGAAAACAUUUCACAAGCAUUGCCUGGCCAGAUGUACAUGAUAUGUUGACAAAAUACAACACCGAGCCCAAGAAUGAAUCUGAUGCUUUGUCCUGCACUAAGACAAAACAAGAUGACAUGGAGGUUGCAGAAUCUACUUGUCGGAGCACCCUGAUCUGUCCCUAUGUCGCUCCUGCUAACCCAGUUAUGAGAGACAGUCCUAUUCAGUGCCCAACCGAGGACAAAACAGAAGACCGUGUUACUAAUCAAGGGUCCAAAACAACAUUAAAAACCAGCUAUGCCACCACAGUUAACUUGCAGAUUGCCGGGAGUGGGAGGAUAGCAUCCUUUAGCAAUGCACAAGUCAGCCUGACUCAGACACUGUCCCCUGUGGCAGACAGCCAGAGCAGGAGAAGGGUCAGCAUCAAUAGUUGCAACUUCUCAAUGCAGAACUGCAAAAGGCUUUGAAUGGUGUGCUCCUGAGGUCUAGUAUGGUGCCUCAUUCUUCAAAGACACUUUAUCUGGCACUUUAGGAUAUAACAGAGGAAUCAGCUUAGAGAUCCUAAAGGGGAGGAUGGAGAUUCUGACGCUGAUUAUAUCCUUUCUUCAAAAUAUAUUAUCUCAUUAAUAUUGUGUGAUUAUUAAUCAAGUGUUUGAUCAGUAUUUAACCUCCAAGAUUGUUGUAUGAUGUGAUUAAAUGAAGAAAGCCAUCUAUAUAACUAUAGAUUGAUGCAUGCUUACUUAGAAACAUAUUAUUUCUUCCUAGAACUGUCAGGUUUUACAUGUCAUGGACAUGUGUGUGAGUAUUCUUUUUCCUAGGGUCACCAGGUCAGCUAAAAAGGACCAGGGGGGCUCUUCUAUGUGCCAUGGGAGAGACAUGCUGUCUUCUAACAUGUCUCAAUGGACAUUAGAUAUUAAGAACUCUGUUUUAUCCUGUAUUCUUAUUCUUCAAGAUUAAUGUCAGCCUGCUUCUGUGUCUAACCAACCAUAGUGAUAAGAAGGCUUGCCAGUGCGAGAAAACCUUGGGAAUAAGCAGAUAAGGACUGAGUUUGUGUAUGUGUGUGCGUGUAUAAAGAGAUGAGGCCAACAUUGCUGGAUUCCAGACCUAGGAUGAGGUGUCUUCUUCAACCGUGCUGACGCCUGCUAUAAUCACUGAAGAUGUGUAUGACCAUAUGUGAAGAUUGUCUAAGUUUAUCUAGGUUUUGGAACCAAUCAGAUCGCUGCUAACCAGUGCUUUGACGCAUUUUAAGUCUUCUGUCUGGAGUAUAACUAUGACUGAUUUUGUAUUAUACGGCAGUUCAGCUUACGAACUCCUGCGAGGGUAUUGACGCUGACUUCUGCCUAUGAAACUGCAAACUACUUCCUUAAGUAAAAUUAUUAUUAUUAAUUGAACUCAUCUCUGACUCCUGG